AUGGCGUCGCCUCUCAGAGCCACCGCCAGCAGCGGGCGUCUCCAGCAGCGGUCGCCAACGACGCACGCCGCCGUGCCUCUCGACCAGCCGCUGCUGCCCUUCCGCCUAUCGUCUCCGCUCGACUCCACCGCGUCAGUGCGCGCUGACGACUCGACGGCGUCGCUACGAACAGCGAUAGAUGACGAACGUCUGUCGCUCGAAGGCCACGUGUCGCGCGAGGUGGAAGAAGGGCGGUGGAAUCGCGCACACGCGUCGCCUACGAUCCGCCCAUCCCCGCCGUCCGUCCCCGCCCGCCUGCCAUCCUCGCAAUCCCGCUGGCCGCCACACCGCCUUCCUGCUCGCACCGCGUUCCUCGCCCUCGUCGCCCUCCUCGCCGCGCUGCUCGCUGGCGGCUCGGUGCUGCUCUCGCGGUCGCCGCUGCCGCCGCUGAGCGACCUGCUUGCGACCACCGGCGACACAGGCGACAGGUCCCCAGACGACACAGUGAGAUCUGACCUGCUGGCGCAGAAUGGUAGUGCGGGUGAUCGGUUGGCAGCUAGUGCGAUGGAGAGCGGUGACGAGGGUGGAACCAGCGAGAAUGGCGCGAAGAGAGUAGACGCGGAGGAUUCGAGGCGCAGGGAUAAGGAGGGGGACGCUGGCGCAAGAGGGGAGGCGGAUGGGGUGGUGCGCGGGAAGGAGAGUGAGGGCGGAAAGGAGGGUCUGAGCGGAAAGGAGGGUGUGGGCGGAAAGGAGGGUGUGGGCGGAAAGGAGGGUGUGGGCGGAAAGGAGGGUGUGGGCGGAGGGGAGGGUGUGGGCGGAGGAGAGGGUGUGAGUGGUGGCGAGGGGGCGUUGGAAAGAGACAAAGGCGUUAUGCCAGAAGUGGGCGAGGUGGGACGCAGGCCGGGCAGCAGCAGUGGUGGGAGAGAUAAAAAGCGAUUCAGGGAGGCAGAAGGUGAGGAGGGCAGCGAGGGAGAUGAGGAGAGCAAAUCGAAGAGGAGCUUGGAGAGGCGAGGGGAGAGGCGGGCGGGUAGGAGAGACGAGGUGAGCAGCAAGCAUGAGAGUGCAGGGGGGGCAGCAGCAGACACCACCACCCGAGACAAUGUGACUGUAGCAAACUGGACUCAAGCACAAGUCACUCAGGCAAAUGUGACUCAAGGCAAUGUGACUGAAGGUGAUGCGAGUGAGCAGCAGGAGGGGGCGAGUGCAGCAGCUCCGCCAGCCAGCGCUGCGCGUCGUGCAGUGCCCAACCCCUCAGCACCGUCACGAGCGCUGCACCCUGCGUGCGACCUGUCAGAGGGCACAUGGGUACCCACCACGCGCCCACCGCUCUACUCGGGCGCCAACUGCACGUGGCUCAGCCCGCAGUGGGCGUGCCGCAGGGCGCCCGACCGCCCCUCCUUCCACCAUGAGGCGCUGCAGUGGCGCCCCUCGCACUGCGACGUGCCGCCGUUUGACCCGCUUGACUUCCUCCACCGCCUGCGCCACCGCGCGCUGGCCUUGGUGGGGGACUCGCUCGCGCAGCAGCAGUUCCAGUCGCUGCUCUGCCUGCUCAGCUCUGCCGCACCAGGGGGCACGGAGGACGUGGCGGGCGAGUGGGGGUUCGUGAACAUCCCCGUGAGGAGCAAGUACAAGCGCAUGCGCCCCACCGGCUAUGGCGUGCGCUUCCCCGCCACCAACACCACCAUCCUCUUCUCCUGGUCCUCCUGCCUCUGCAAGAUAGCGUACUACAACGAGAGUGACAAGCUGGAGGGCGGGGCGGCCAUGCACGUGGACCAGCCCGACGACUUCCUGCAGACCCACCUGCACCGCCUGGACGUGGUCGUCAUGAACAGUGCUCACCACUGGAGCAGGGGCAAGGUGCGCGAGAGCAAGUGGGACGUGCACAUUGCAGGGCAGCCCGUGAACAUCGACGACCCUCAGCUGCACCUUGACGUGCAUGUUGAUGCCCCACCGCUGCCACAUGCACACCACACAGACAAUAGCAGCAGCAGCAGCAACAACAACAACAGCAGCAGCAGCAGCAGCAGCAGCAGCAGCAGCAGCAACAACAGCAGCAGCAGUGAGGGUGAGAGCAGUGAGACGACGACUGGCGGCAGCAGGGUGCGCAUAGAGGGCAGCGCUGGCAUCAUGCACGCGCUGCAGCGCAUCGCCCUGCGCUCCACCAUGGCCUGGCUGCACCGCCACGUCGCACCCAUGGGGGGGCGCGAGGGCGAGGGGGCUACAGGGCAGGCACCGGAGACACAAGGGGGCGAGGGAGGAGGAGAAGUCGUCGGUGGGGAGGGUGGGGCAGGUGCAGCAGAGGAGGGCGGUGGCAGCAGCAAGGGGGUGCGGAGAGGGGGGAGGGCGCCGUUGCUGCUGCUGCGCACGGCGUCGCCACGGCACUUCUUUGACGGCGAGUGGAACACACGCGGCCACUGCGACCACAUGCGCGUGAGACUACCCCAUCCCUCCUUACCCUGCCCUCAUGCCAUCCCUGCUCUCAUGCCCUCGUGCCCUCCUGGCCUUCCUCACUUGGCACGUGCCCUCGUGCUUACCAUCGACCCCCUGUCCCUGUCCGCCGUGCUGCCACUCAACUCAUCGCGCGACCCGGCAGCAGAGCAGGCGGUGGCGGGGCUGCCGUCCCUGCACCUGCUCAACACGUCGCACCUCUCGUCGUUCCGCCCUGACGCACACCCGUCCCAGUGGGGGUACCUGCUGGACGGCGCCCACCAGGACUGCCUGCACUGGUGCCUGCCGGGCGUGCCCGACACCUGGAACCAGCUCGUGUACGCCCACAUGCUCAUGAGGGACAUGCGGGAGGAGGGAGGGGAGGGGGAUGUGAGGGAGGUGGAGGGUGAUUCAGGGGAGAGAGGGGUGGAGGGAGGCGUGGGAGGGGGUGAGGAGGGGAGAUGA